AUGACGGCCUGGCACCUGGGACCCCACCCCAAAGGGCGGUUUGGACUGGCUUCGCCUCUGGAGGUGUCCUUCCACCGGGUUGCCUUCUCUCCCAGGGUGGGGGCCCAGCGUGCUGGAACUUUUGGGGGAUCCUGGGGUCCAGUGCCCAUGCUGACCCCUGGAACUAUGCCCCCGAAACUGUCCCCCAGGCUGGCCCCUGGCAAUCGCAGCCUGGAGCAAACACGGUGCACCAAGCCUGCCCAGUGUCCGGCGGCGGGAGAGGCCGGGUCCAGCGGCGACCACCCUUCUCCACGCACCAUGCUCGGGCCUCGGCUGCUGCUGCUCCUGUUCUUUGGGGGGCCCCUGCUCAGCGCUGGGGCAGCUCUGAGCUCUCAGGACCCCUGCCUAGCCAAGGUCACCUUCCUGGGUGGGUCCCUGGCCCUGGAGACUCCCAGACCUGGACCCAGAACCAGGGCGAAGAGGGAGGCGCCCGGGAGCCGGCAGGGACCACCGAGCCCCGCUGGUGGACUCAAGAUCCCCCCUCCCACCCGCAACAACCACCCCACACAGGAGCCUGGCCACCAGGGCACCCCAGGCCCACAUGAGUCCGCCCAGAGCCUGCACCCGGUUUAUCUCACAGCUGCCCACGCCGGGGCUGAUAACGCCACAGAUCCCAACCCCGACAGCGACCUGCAUUCCUCUCUGGACAGGGGCUGGUGCUCCACAUGGGGGGCCGGCCAUUUCUCCACCUUCGACGGCCUUGUGUAUGACUUCACGGGGACCUGCAACUACAUCUUCGCGGCCAUCUGCAAGGACGCCUCGUCCACCUUCAGCGUCCAGCUACGGCGAGGGCCCAGUGGGAACAUUUCCCGGAUCAUCGUGGAGCUGGGGGCCUCUGUGGUUACUGUGCAGAAGGCAGUCAUCUCCAUCAAGGACGUGGGGGUUGUCAGCCUGCCCUACACCAGCAACGGGCUCCAGAUCACACCUUUCGGCCAGAGCGUGCGGCUGGUGGCCAAGCAGCUGGAGCUGGAGCUGGUGGUCAUGUGGGGCCCGGACGCCCACCUCAUGGUCCUGGUGGAGAAGAAGUACAUGGGCAAGAUGUGCGGGCUGUGUGGGAACUUCGACGGCGAGAAGACCAACGAGUUUCUGAGCGAGGAUGGCAAACUCUUGGAACCCCAUGAGUACACUGCCCUCCAGAAGCUGGAUGACCCCAACGAGAUCUGCUCCUACGAGGCCAUUCCCAGCCCCCAGGUCCUAGAGGCAGAGCAUGCCCAGACUUGCACCCAGCUGCUGACCCUGGUGUCCCCCGAGUGCAAUGUGACCAAGGAGCCCUUCGUGCUGAGCUGCCAGGCGGACAUGGCCACGUGCGACUGGCCAGGCCAGGAGAACUGCAGCUGCGCCACACUGUCCGAGUACUCGCGCCAGUGCAGCAUGGCCGGCCAGCCCGUCAGCAACUGGCGGGGCCCCGGUCUCUGCUCCGUGGGCCAGUGCCCGGCCAACCAGGUGUACCAGGAGUGCGGCGAGGCCUGCCUCAAGACCUGCUCCAACCCGCAGCACAGCUGCUCCAGCUUCUGCACCUUCGGCUGCUUCUGCCCGGAAGGUAUGGUUCUUGACGACGUCUCCAAAAACCAGACCAACCACACCUGCGUGCCGGUCACCCAGUGCCCCUGCACACUCAGCGGGGUGGCCUACGCCCCUGGAGAGGUCACGACAGCCGCCUGCCAGACCUGCCAGUGCACCAUGGGCCACUGGGAGUGCACAGAGCGGUCCUGCCCGCGAAGCUGCUCCCUGGAAGGUGGCUCCUUCGUCACCACAUUCGAUGCCAGGCCCUACCGCUUCCACGGCACCUGCACCUACAUCCUCAUCCAGAGCCCCCAGCUCCCAGAUGGGGGCUCCCUCGUGGCUGUGUAUGACAAGUCUGGGUACUCGCACUCCGAGACCUCCCUGGCCGCUGUCAUCUACAUGUCCAGCCAGGACAAAAUCGUGAUUUCUCAAGACGAGGUGAUCACCAACAACGGAGACACAAAGUGGCUGCCAUACCAGACUCGAAACAUCACGGUCUUCAGGCAGACAUCCACCCACCUCCAGAUGGCCACCACCUUUGGGCUGGAGCUCCUGAUCCAGCUACAGCCCGUGUUCGAGGUGUACAUCACCGUUGGGCCCCAAUUCAGAGGCCAGACCCGAGGGCUCUGCGGUAACUUUAAUGGGGACACGACGGACGACUUCACAACCAGCAUGGGCAUCGCCGAGGGCACCGCCUCGGUCUUUGUGGACUCCUGGCGGGCUGGAAACUGCCCGGCCGCGCUCGAGCGUGAGACUGACCCCUGCUCCAUGAGCCAGCUCAACAAGGUGUGUGCGGAGACCCACUGCUCGGUGCUGGUGCAGACGGGCACAGUGUUUGAGAAGUGUCAUGGCACGGUGAACCCCAAGCCCUUCUACAAGAGGUGCGUGUACCAGGCCUGCAACUACGAGGAGACCUUCCCCCACAUCUGUGCCGCCCUGGGCGACUACGCCCAAGCAUGCGCCUCGCAGGGCAUCCUGCUGUGGGGCUGGAGAAGCAGCGUGGACAACUGCACCAUCCCCUGCACGGGCAACCAGACGUUCAGCUACAACAGCUCAGCCUGCAACCGCACGUGCCUGUCACUAUCUGAUGGCAUGGCCGAGUGCCACCCCAGCGCCGUGCCCGUGGACGGCUGCAACUGCCCCGAGGGCACCUACCUGAACCACAAGGCCGAGUGUGUGCGCAAGGCCCAGUGCCCCUGCCUCCUGGACAACAAGGUCAUCUUGGCCGACCAGUCCACCUUGGUCAAUGGCGUCAUCUGCUACUGCAUCAACGGACGGCUGAGCUGCCCGGGGCAGCCGCUGACACUCGUGGAAUCCUGCUCGGCCAACAAGACAUUCCAGGCCUGCAGCCAGUCCUCGGAAAACAAGUUUGGGGCGGCCUGCGCCCCCACGUGUCAGAUGCUGGCCACUGGCAUCCCUUGCGUGCCCACCAAGUGCGAGCCCGGCUGUGUCUGUGCCGAGGGCCUCUACGAGAACGCCGAUGGGGAGUGCGUGCCCGCUGAGGAGUGCCCGUGCGAGUUUGCAGGCAUCUCCUACGCCGAGGGCGCCGAGCUCCAAACGGACUGUCAGACUUGCACCUGCUCGAAGGGGAAGUGGACGUGCCAGCAGAGCGCCCACUGCUCAUCCACCUGCACUCUCUACGGGGAGGGCCACGUGGUCACCUUCGACGGGCAGCGCUUUGUGUUCAACGGCAACUGCGAGUACAUCCUGGCCACGGAUGGCUGCAGCGCCAACGACUCGCAGCCCACCUUCAAGAUCCUGACAGAGAACGUUGUGUGCGGGAAGUUGGGUGUCACCUGCUCCCGGGCCAUCAAGAUCUUCCUGGGGGACCUGUCCAUCGUGCUGGAGGACAGGAACUACACGGUCAGCGGGGAGGAGGACCCCGACGUGCACUUCAAGGUGAAGGCCAGCUCCCUGCACCUGGUGCUGGACAUCACCAUCAGCAGCAGGUACAACCUGACCGUCACCUGGAACAAGCACAUGACCGUCUUCAUCAAGAUCGCGCGUGCCUCCCAGGACGCCCUCUGCGGCUUGUGUGGCAACUACAACGGGAACAUGAAGGACGACUUUGAAACGCGCAGCAAGUAUGUGGCGUCCAGUGAGCUGGAGUUUGUGAACUCGUGGAAGGAGAGCCCGCUGUGCGGAGACGCCACCUUCGUGGUGGACCCUUGCACCCUCAAUGCCUUCCGCCGCUCCUGGGCCGAGCGCAAGUGCAGCAUCAUCAACAGCCAGACUUUCGCCGCCUGCCACAGCCAGGUGUACCGCCUGCCCUAUUAUGAGGCCUGCGUAAGUGACACGUGCGGGUGUGAUACCGGAGGGGACUGCGAGUGCCUGUGCGACGCCGUGGCCGCCUAUGCCAAGGCCUGCCUGGACAAGGGCGUGUGCGUGGACUGGAGAACCCCUGACUUCUGCCCCGUCUACUGCGACUUCUACAACACUCACACGUGGGUGGGCAGCGGCCAGUACCAGUAUACCCAGGAGGCCAACUGCACAUGGCACUACCAGCCGUGCCUUUGCCCAGGGUGGCCGCAGAGUGUCUCAGACAACAUUGAAGGCUGCUACAACUGCUCCCAGGACGAGUACUUUGAUCACAACGAAGGGACGUGCCUGCCGUGCCGUAAGCUCAGCCGCUGCCUGAGGGCCCCCCAAGCCCACGCAGCCCCGGCGCAGGAGCUCCCAGCCCCUGCACCACCUCUGGCCAGGCCCCAAGCACCCCCAUCCCCAGAGCUUGACACCAUCCACCACAACUCCGGCGCCCACCACAGCCACGGCGACAGCCCCGACAACCCAAACAGAACCGACAGUCUCCUCGGGAGAGGGCUACAGCACAGACGCCCCAACGCCCAGCCUAAGCUAUCGGGGCUGCGUGGAGGAGAGCAGCCUAAGACCACCCCCAUGAACAGGCGGGUCCGAUGCAUCGGAGCUCGAAUCCACCACGGCUGCACCUUCCCCAGCACCCGAACAACAGGUCCGCCCACGGGAACAUCUUUCCGGACCAUCAACACCUUCCCCACCCCGCCACGCCCCGAGUCCACUUUCUCCACUCAGGUCCCCACUUCCAGCACCAUAUCUCCUGUGUCUACAUCCAAGACUACCGCUAUCACCCGUGUCUCCUCCACUCUGUCUUCUCAGUCCACCACCUCACAGUCUACCUCUCUCACCACCCAAGCUCCCACCCCUGCUCACAUGUCAUCCUCCCUGGGGGUGACUGCCAUCCCCAGUUCUCCCGCCACCAACCUCACCACCCAACAGCCUAGUACCACUGGGCUGCUGAGCACUGUAUUCCUGACCAGCUCCGUCACUGUGCAUGCAAGCUCUUCCUUUCCCACUGUGGGGUCCUAUUCCACCAGGCGCCCCUCCGUCUCCUCUCUCGUCACAUCUCUGCCAAUCUCUUCCGGAGUCUGCAGUGUGAAGGAGCUCGAGGAGGAGAUCACUUACCAGGGAUGCAAAGCCAACGUGACAGUGACCCGCUGCGAGGGCAUCUGUGCCUCCUCGGCCAGCUUCAACACUGACACCAAGCAAGUGGAGACGCACUGUGGCUGCUGCCACCCCGUCAGCUCCUAUGAGAAGCAGCUGGUGCUGCCCUGCCCAGAUCCUGGAGCACAAGGACAGCAGCUAGUGCUCACGCUGCAGGUGUUCAGCAGCUGUGCGUGCCAGUCCCAGCGCUGCGGGGACUAGG